CCGCCGGCCGAGACAGGCAGGCUAGACUCCGUGAGCCGGACGCGCCGCAGACGCGCCGCCGCCGCCCGGGAGGAGAAGACCGCGCCGGAGCCCAAGCGCUGGGCCUCGCCGGCCGCUGAAGCCGCAGCCGCAGCGGCCGUGCCGGGUGAGCAGAUCCCGAGAACUCCGCCUGCGGAGGGCCGCCGCGCCCCCCUUGAGCGGCGCCGGUGGCGGGCGGGCCCUGGAACCGGGGAGGCCACCGGAGGGCCCCGCGCGGCUCCCGCCUGCUCCCGCUUGGGCUUUGCCAAGGCGCCGGGCGCCAGAAGGGCGCUUUUCUCGGCCGGCCAGCUUCACCGGCUCCGAGCCGCGCCGGCGCUGGCAGGAGCGAGGGGGACCUAGAGCUUGGCGGGCGGGAGGCGCGGGCGGAGGAGCUGGCGAGGCCGGUUCGGGGCGGACGGUGCCCGGCAGACCCAGAUGCGGUGGGCGGGCAGGCGGGCGGAGCGGCUCGAGUUGCGAGCGUUCCGGGGAUUUGGGCACCUUUACGGGGCCGGGGUGCCUGCAGGAUCCCCAAGCCGCUUCUGGACGCGGGACUCGCCGGGUAAAUGCCCCCGCCCCCCGCUUCCUCCGCCGAGCUCGGUAAGGCCGAGAAGCCGCUCUGCGCUGAAAGGGCUUCGCUCUCCGAUCCACGCCCGGAAAUGCAACGCAACAGGCCGGAUUCUGCUCCAGAGGCAGAACGUGCUAUUUUGUAUCAAGGCGAGCUCAGAUUUCUCCUCUUGGAUUUUGGCAAAUGGUUCCUGCUUGGGGUGCCAAAGAAUCCCACGGGCUUUGACCACGGGCUUCUGCCGGCUUUGCCAUGGGAAGUUCUCCUCGCGGAGCCUGCGAAAUGCCUUUGGGAAGGUCCCCAUGGUGAGCGAGGACUCAGAGGAGCAGCGGCGCUUGGACCAAGUCUUCUUCACAGACUUCCAGCGGCUGGUGGGGGUGACCGUCCAGCAGGACCCCUCUCUUCCCCCGUUUGUUUGCAAAAAGUGCCACGCCCAGUUCUACAAGUGCCGCAGCAUCCUGAAGGCUUUCAUCCAGAAGGUGAACGUCUCACCUGUGGGACAUCCCAAGCCACGAGGAAAGAACAAUCUAGCCCAGCCUUCACUGUCCACUGCUUCAGCUGGAGAAGGAGAGGUGCCUUGUCUGGACUUGAUCACCUCCAGCCCACAGUGCCUUCACCAGCUGGUACGGUGGAGCCACGGCCACGCGGAGAACUGUCCGAUGGCACCAAGCCUGCAGAGUGUCUUGUCGUCCAAGUACUGUGGGAUCAUCAGAGCUGUGUGGGGCUGCGAAGAGGGCCACAAUUACAUCAUGAGCACGGAUUCGGACUGCAGCACCUUGCUGGUAGACAGUGCCCUGGCUGUCCAGUGGGAACUGAAGAAGGACACUCCUCGGCACGUGACGGGCAAUGGGGUGGCAUCCGACAGCUCUGGGGCUGCCAUUCCAUCGCUGCAACACCAGCACGGUGCUGCUAAGGCAAUGGCUGGCCAGCAGCCUGCAGACAGUGGGACUGCUUUGCCGGCAUCCAGUGCAGAAGACCUGGUUCCUGAGAGCCGAGGUUUGCCUUCCUUGCAAGACCCUUUGCAGGAGGACCUGCUCCAAGCAGCCUCUCCCCAGUCGGGUAGCCCAGGACGGCCGAGUGAGAAGCUGUCUCUCUCUGCAGCAUCAGAUGAGCGGGUAAAAGACGCGUUCAGUGACCUUUCUGAGGGAGAGUCUUCAAAUGAGGAUGAAAACCACAAGAGAGCACAGUCUUCAGAUGAAUCUUUUGAGCCUUAUCCAGAAAAAAGGGUGUCCAACAACAGAAAAGUGGAAAGCAAGGAAGCAAACCUGGAGGAGCCGAAAACAAGGAAGAAGCCAGGACCCAAACCUGGCUGGAAGAAGAAGAUCAAGUGUGAAAGGGAGGAGCUGCCAAACAUUUACAAGUGUCCUUAUCAGGGCUGCACAGCUGUGUACAGAGGGGCGGAUGGCAUGAAGAAGCACAUCAAAGAACAUCAUGAAGAGGUUCGGGAGAGGCCCUGUCCCCACCCAGGAUGCAACAAAGUCUUCAUGAUUGACCGCUAUCUUCAGCGCCACGUGAAGCUCAUUCAUACCGAGGUGCGCAACUAUAUCUGUGAUGAAUGCGGCCAGACAUUCAAACAGCGCAAACAUCUGUCUGUCCACCAGAUGCGCCACUCAGGAGCAAAGCCACUUCAGUGUGAAAUCUGCGGCUUCCAGUGCAGACAGCGAGCCUCCCUCAAGUACCACAUGACCAAACACAAGGCAGAGACGGAGCUGGAGUUUGCUUGUGACCAAUGCGGGAAGCGCUUCGAGAAGGCCCACAACCUCAAUGUUCACAUGUCCAUGGUGCACCCCCUGACCCAGACGCAGGAGAGAGCCAAGGAGGGUGAGCCGGAGCCCAAGCCACUGCUGGACACUGUGGAAGGCCAGCCUAUCAAAGUAGAACUGAGUGCACAGCAGGAACCCACCUGAAAGCGCCGGACGCGCCUUUGCAUCAAUCGCACAGGACAGGAGAUUGUCUAUCUUUUAAUGGGGUCUUCGGAAGAGGCCCUGGGAAAUAACUUCUGCUUGCCUGCAAAGAGCUUUCCCGUGCUGUGACCGCUCUCUUUGUGCUUACGUCAACGACGGCUACGACAUCCUAUGGAGAAGUCUCUCCUUUACCAAAAGGCAGGGUCCGUUCUGCCCUUCCCGCUGACGAUGAUCAAAAGGUAUCACGCCUGUUAUAAAGGUGUGUAUAGCUCAUAAGACACCCAUAAAUUCCCUGUGAUGGAUCUCAAGAAUGAUGGAGACUUGAAUCCAGAUGUUUUACAUUAAAUUCCAAAGCCAAACUCAAAACGAAGAACAGGACAUUUAUAACCUAAUUUUUAUUGUUCAAAGUCAUAAUUAUGCUUGUAAUAAAUUAUUUACACAGUACUCUGGA